UUUCAAGAACAGAUAUAGGAAGUUUAUUAUGAACAUAUGUACGUUCGCACAAUUUUGACGAUAAAAACAUAAAUAAGAUAUAUUAUCAAAUCGGGUAAAUUUAAUUACAUAGACGUAUAUGCGUAUUUCUAAGUGAUACGUAAAUUUUAUAAGAGUUUCAUUUUUAUAAGAAAUCGAAUAUUCGCUGGUACGGCAUUAUUCUUGUAUAAGUGAUUUUUUAAGAAUCCAGAAUUAUGUAUGUAACAUUAAUAUUAUGACAAUAUGUUAUCAGAUCUAUAUCCGUUGUGCGGUUAUUAUAAAAAUUUAUUGUUUUAAUGUAAAAACAAUGACUAUAUAUUACAAUUAUAUAUGGCAAUAAUGAAUUAUAGGCUCAAGUUUUUAGGUUAAGAAUUACAUUAUAAUGAGCAAUAAGAACAUUCAGAGUCCUUUAUUAAGCCAUGAUAACCAGCUUACAUAUCAAAGUGAACAUCCUAGCAAACUUGUGGUGGAUGAUUGUGGUACAUUAAUAGAAGUAAAGGUAAUGACUAAAGGACAUAAACGAAAUCAUAAAAUGGUUAGUAGUACCCCAAAUAGCGAACAGAACACCGAAGAAGGACAAAGAUCUCGACAGAAAUGGUGUCAGACCUUUCAGGAUCAAACUCGUCCAAUUAUGAAGGAACAUUUACAGAAUUUAUCAUUAAAAAAUCAACAUACAAAUAGAAUAUCAUCAGAAUCUAAAGAUAAUAAACAACGGUUGGAUUUUCAAAAGCAAUUAAAAGUUAGAAGUAAUAAUGUUAAUAAACAAUUGAUUGACGUGCAGGAGAAGCAAGUUUCAACGCAGAAAAAAUUGAAAGAACAUUUGAAAAAAUCUUUACAAACAGGUAUUUCAUCCGGUGUUCCUUCAUUAUGUGGUACAAAAUCGAUUGUCGUUGUUGACAAAGGAAUUCAAUGUGAUAGAAUAUUUGGUUCUUCCAACGAUAAAUUUAAUGAUUUUAAUCCUGUUAGAACAUUGAAAUUUUUAAUGAAGGAAUUAAAAGAUUUGAUAAAAGAUGAGAAAUCAUGUAAAAUUCUCAUGAAAAUGGAACAAACGUUAUUUCGAAUACCAGCAGAAUUUAAAAAGUCAACAAUGGAUUUAGAAGAAUUAUCUCUUCAUAAACGACUCCAUGUAACUACAGCGCAAUUAGAAGAAAUUAGUAAACGUGUGAAUAUUGAAUGUUCCUUACGUGAAGAACGAGAUUAUUUAAAACGAGAUAUUAAAAAACAAUCGGAGCUUUUGGAACUAGCACAGAAUAAACAAUUGGAUUUAGAAUCUUUGAUAUUGAAGUUAAAGGAACAAUUAAAUGAAUCGUCGAAAACGAUAGAAAGUAAAGACAAAGUGAUAACAGAAUUAAAAACAAAUAUUAAUGAACAAAUGGAGCUUAUACGACAAGGUCAUUUAAAAAUGCAAUAUUUAAUGCUUGAAAAGGACAAAUUGUCUGUUCUUUCUUCUCAUAAAGACUCACAAUUUAACGAAUUUCGUAAUAUUUUAAAGUUAGUAUUAAUAGAAUUCCAAAGUCAAAUCGCAGAACACUUGAUGGGCUUCAAAGAGGCCUGUACCAGGGAAGAAAAUUCCAACUUACAAGGUUCAGUAAUUCCUUGUGGAGUAGCCCAUUCUUCGCUUUCUCCAGCAUUCUCCGAUUCCAAUAUCCUUACAUCUUGGCAUGAUAUAUCUAUAUCUACAAUAGAGCCUAGUGCAAUUAAAACUGAAUCGAAAAGGGAAGGAUUUAUGAAAGAAAAUCUAUCCAUCUCCGAAUACAAGGAAGCAUAUAAUGAUACGAUGAAAAACAAAAUGGAAGAGAUAAAUGAUGAAUCAAAAAAUAAUAAGGAUUCAAUGCAAUUGGAAUUUAUUAGUUUACCUGCAGCAGAAUCAAUUUUAUUGCCAUCUUAUAGAGAUCAAGGAUAUAUUAUAGAUCAAAGUGAUAUCAAUAAGGAUAAUGAUAAUCCGUUUACUUCUAAAUCUAAAUUAUCUAAUCGUGUACAACAAUCAAUUGAUCCUGAUUCUAUUAUACAAGGGAGAAAAUCUUAUGUUCAAUGUUGUUCUCUUGAAAAGGACAAUGAAAGGGUAUCGUAUAAAAAAAAUAUAUCGAAAACUUCGAAAGCGUUACAAUCAUCGGACGAUAAGAAGAGAAAUCAUGAUAACCAAGGGAUAGAGGAUAGUCCUAGAUUUAUAGAAAGUAAUAUAUCGACUGAUUUAAUAACUCCCGAUAUAAAUGAACAAUUUCAAAAUAUAUUUGAUAACGUCCGACGUAAGAGCAAAAUUUCUGUUAAUGUACCGAGUCCACCGCGACAUUAUCCUUAUCCGGAUUGGACCGAUAGUUCUCUACCUAGUAUCAGUGUCGAUUCCGAAUCAAAUAUUGUUCAAUCAAAUAUUUGAUUCCGUAUUUUUAUAUCCUCUCUCUCUCUCUCUCUCUCUCUCUUUCUCUUUUUCUCUUACCUUUUAUCUUUUCUCUCUCUCUCCCUCUCUCUCUCUCUCUCUCUCUCUCUCUCUUUCUCUCUAUCUAUCUAUCUAUCUAUCUGUUAUAUAUUCUUAUAUUUUUAUAUAAAAACUAAACUGAACUAUUAUUUCUUAAUAUUUUUACGUCAAUGAUAUCUGGGUAAUUAAAAUAUAUAUUAUAAAGUUGUAGGUAUAUGAUAAUGAGAAAUAAACAUUGGAGAGAAAUAUAUAUAUAUAUAUAUAUAUAUAUAUAUAUGUAUAUAUAUAUAUAUAUAUAUAUAUAUAUAUAUGUAUACAUAUAUAAAGUAUUUCAAAAAUAUAUUUUUUAUAAAUGAGGAUUCGUACAUUUAAUUCUGUUUGAUAUAAUUACCCAUAAAUCAUGCAUUAUAUUUCGUUUUGAGUAAACUUUCAGAGUCCAUUUAUUCAUUACAUAGACUCCUCAUAAUCACAAAAAAAAAAAAAAAAAAAAAAAAAAAAAGCAAAAAAAAACAGGAAAAAAAAGAAAAAAAAAAGAAAAGAAAUAAUAGAAACGUACGUGCUUUGGUAGAAAAAAAAAGAAAAAAAAACGAGCAUUUAAUUAAUUAAUCCUUGUGAUUGUAAAUUUUAUUACAUCAACUUUAUUUUUUAAUAUAUGAUAUAUCAAAAAGAGAAUUGUGUGUAAGUUUAAAAUUGUACAUGUACUUGAUUGAAAAUUUAUUUAUAAAUAUAUAUUUUCACGUGGUUUUAUA